GUUGCAUUUGAUGAGCUAUGUCCUAAAAAUGCCAAAAUGACUUCUGGAAUCAUUCAAAAAGCACUUGCUAAGCAUUGUGCAAUGGCGAUCACCAAAGCAAUCAAAGAAGAGAUGGAUGGUUGCCUUUUCUCUGUUCUUAUUGAUGAGUGUCGUGAUAUUUCGGUGAAAGAACAAAUGGCCGUGGUUGUGAGGUUUUUGAGCAAAAAAGGGGAGACCAUGGAGAGGUUUUUGGGCAUUAAGCAUGUCCCAGACACAACAUCAGCAUCUUUGAAGAAGGCAUUAUUGGAGGUUUUUGCUAAACAUGGUCUGCUUGUUGCAAGACUAAGAGGGCAAGGGUAUGAUGGUGCAUCUAAUAUGAGAGGAGAAUUUAAUGGCCUUCAAAAGUUAAUUCGUGAUGAGAACCCACAUGCUUUCUAUAUUCACUGCUUUGCUCACCAACUUCAGUUGAUAGUAGUUGCAGUUUCGAGAUGUUGCAAGGGCGUUGAGGAUUUUUUCGACUAUGUGACCAUGAUUGUCAAUCUCAGCAGUUCAUCUUGUAGGAGGAAGGAUAUGUUACUUGAUAAGCAAAAGGAAGUUCUUUUGGCUAAGAUUGAGGGAGGUGAGGUGCCCACGGGAAGAGGAAAAAAUCAAGAAACAUCUUUAGUUAGACCGGGAGAUACAAGAUGGGGCUCUCAUUACAGAACUUUAUCUCGCAUUGAAUCAAUGUGGGAUGCGGUGAUAGAAGUUUUGGGCAUUGUUGAGGAUGAUGUGCGUGUUCCAUGUAGGGCAGGAGGUUUGGUUCAUCAAAUGGAGACUUUUAGCUUUGUGUUCAUCCUAAAGAUGAUGUUAAAACUCCUUCGUAUGACAAAUGAUUUAUCUCUUCUAUUGCAAAAGAAGGAUCAAAAUGUUGUUCAGGCAAUGUCAUUGGUUAUGGACGUGAGAACACGUUUGAUCAAUUGGAGAAAUGAUGGUUGGGAGCCACUAUUGGAAGAUGUUAAAGCAUUUUGCAUCAAAAAUGACAUUCCAAUACCAAAUAUGGAUGACAUGUUUACAAAAUGGGGGAAAUCAAGAAAAGGUGGAAGAAACAAUGUCACCGCUGAUCAUUUCUUCCGUGUGGACACCUUCUAUGUUGCUAUAGACUCCAUCACUACAGAGUUUGAUCAUCGUUUCAAUGAGGUAUCUUCAGAGCUGCUCCAAAACUUCUCUUGUCUUGACCCAAGAAACUCUUUUUCUAGAUUCAAUGUGGUUAAGCUUGCACAACUCACAGAGAUUUAUCAUGCGGAUUUCUCUAAUUAUGAACGUGAACACAUAGAAGAUAACCUUGAGCUAUUCAUUAUUCAUAUGAGAAGGGUCGAAGACUUUAGAGCUUGUCAUGAUAUUGCAAGCCUAGCUAAAAAGAUGGUUGAACUUGAAAGGCAUAUCAUGUUCCCUACGGUUUAUCGCCUCAUUGAGUUGGCACUGCUACUACCGGUGGCCACGGCAACGGUUGAAAGGGCAUUUUCAGCAAUGAAAAUCAUUAAGACUGAGUUGCGCAACAAGAUGUCCGGUUGCUGGCUUAAUGACUUGAUGCCGAGCACGUUUACAAAUGCGACGUUGUCCCACUCAUCAGUCGUCAUCUACAGGGAUGAAACUGAGCUCAAGACAAGUUUAGACAAAAGGCAGGAUUCUGCAGGAAAAGCACAAGAGGAUCAACCAAAGUGA